CAGGUAGUCCGUACUGUAGCUGUUAAACGGCUAUUGCAAGAUAACAAUAUCUCCCACGAUCUCCUGUGGAAGCUCUGUACACACACACAGAGUACUACCACUCCGUGCUCGCUACCUAUCUCCAACGAUUACACAUUACUUCACAAUACAUGAAUAUACCCAAAUCUGCCCCUCAUCAUCCCUCUAUCUACCCUUUGUACCUUUUUUCUUUUUCCAUCUACUACCGUACACAACUUCUCAUCCUUCCCACCUCCUUUGGUGCGAACUUUCUUCCUGUUGCUUCCUCCUUCCCGCUUCCCGCGUCCCGCUUCCAAUCUUCGAGAAUUCGUCCCCCGCCAGCCACCUCCCAGUCACUCCCAGUCAGCACCACCUGGUCCCUGCGCUAGAAGACGAACGUGCACAACGCCGCCACCGUCAUCCACUAUCGACCUGAAAAAGUGGAACGCAAGUUUUCUUGACAUGACACUGGCUUAACUCAAUCGAUCUUUGUCAAAUCCUUUCUCCAUUCUUUCUGAGACCUGGGCCUGCUGGACUAUCCCAUCCCCCGAAUCCUCCGAGCACGUCGACUUGUCAAAGCGCCGCCUUUUCUGGCGCGUGAGACAGACUGAAAGCAGUCAGGACUCUCGUGUCACUGCCACCGACAAUAGCAAACUCGGUACAACCCCGAGCGUGCGAACGAACAACCCGGCAUCUUCCACUUUAUAAUUACUGCCACCCGGCCUGACUACCUUCAACUGGAAGUUGCCUCCGCUGGCUUGCCCUCACUCGCCUUGUUUCUCGACAGCCACUCUGCUCGUACCUUUCUCCCUUGAAGUUUUCCUCCUCCUUUCGCCUCCAACACCCCUGCGCGCGCAAACCUUCCAACACGUACGCGUACCAGUCUGUCGGGUCCUCCGAUUUCCCGCUUGGCCGAGAAUUUCCCAAUUACGAGUACAUCAGCAGAAGACACCGUGCGCCCGCCCCCAAAAAUUUGCAUUCAUGAGCUCGCUUUUACAUCCUCGACUGUCUCGGUGACCUUCGUUGCAAGGGCGGGUUGAGUCCACGGAGAGAGCACGACGCACGAGAAAUCGGAGCCCACCAUGUACAGAAAUUCGGCCCAGGUCAAUAACUACACGUCUAGAAAUGCCCUGCCGUCCCCGGAUAAUACAAAUACAAGUGAUUCCGAAGCCGAUAUAGUUGACAUCCUCGACCGGAAAAGGAAGGAAUUGGACGACGAAAUUUCAAAAUUCAAGGCGGUCAAGGACCGAGAGUUUCGUGAUUUCGAAAAGGACCUGCGCUCACGAAGAAGGACUCGUGCUUGCGACAUCUCACCCAGCAAGACCUCUUCGUCCGUAAAUCCGUCCCCUCUAAGCUUGUUAGGCUCGACGCAAAACGGAUGCUCAAAUGGAUGGGGCGGAGGCCACAAGGUGAAAAGAGGAGGAGGAGACAGGGUGGGCGAUAAGAUAACAAGACCCCCACCACUGAGCAAACCGACUCUAUCGCUGGACAAGCUCAACAUCAACGGUGAGACUCUGCUACCGGCACAUAAUCUGGGAACACCGCCGACGCCGUCUUUCCUGCCCAAGAGGUCGCCUACCAACACCUCGGCCAUGAGUACGCCACCACGCGCGCAACAGACCAACAAACAGCCUCCGACACCGGGAAGUGAGAAGAGCGAUGGUUUCGCGGGCGUUUUUACACCAGUGUACCUGCCCUUGCUGGAAUCCAGGGAUCAGCCUCUGUGCGUUGACAGCCCGCAAGACUUGUCCACCAAGGAAGAGGAGAAGAAGAGGCUUCAACUGGACGAAGACACCAAGCAGGAAGCAGAGUGGCAACGGCUUCAGCUCGAGUCGUCGCACAGUCUACCGGAGCAGCCUGUUUCGCCGACGGUGCUAGCAUCCAAAAGGACACGGUCGGACCCGCAGAUGGGCAGUUCAAUGUCAAAUCUCCCGAGCGCGUUGAGGACGCCGAGUGGGACGCAUGGCCAUAAGCAGAAGAAGAAGCACGUCACGUUUCAACUGGCGGAUUCGAAAGUCGUGGAGCCAAGUAGUAGUUACGAGGAGAGCCCCGUGGACGGGGCAAGUCCGACGCCGAGUUCGAAUUCGAGUCUCAGUUUCCAGUCCCGGGUCGAAGAUGUGGAUGGGGAUCAGAACCGAUACACACAUGAGGAGAACGCAAAAAGCAAUGAGAGUAACGGAAGUACGCCCACGAAGAGUCCGAGUCUUCGAGAGAGGAGGCGAGGCAAAGGAGGGCGGUUCCUCUCGCCAAUGCCUAGUCCACUACCGAGUCCGGCGCCGUCGCCGACGAUCAACGGGGAUUCCAUCCUGCUCGUCAGUGCUUCGCCUGAUGAGAGCGGGUUCAGUGGUGGGCUCUCCGGGGCGGACGACGGGGGCAGUGGUGUGGGAUUCUUCGAGUUGGAUGAGGAGCUGGCGAGUCCCGGGUUGAGGGAGAAGCCCAUGGAGUUGGAGGGAGAAGGGGAUUUGGACAAGGAUUUGACGGAUGGUGGCGCGAGUGCAAAGGCCGCUCGAAGAGAGGAAAAUGAGGGAGUGGGCAGUUUUAGAUCUGGAAGUGUCCCGAUCGAUAUUGUGAGACCCAAUGGGAUGAUGACACCGAGUUGGGUGGGCAGUUUUGGGCAUUGAUCGAGACUGCCUCUUCUGUCUCACUCGGGAAGGGGAUGUCGGCGCCAGUCCCCGGAGCUCGCAAAGUAACAACCAAGGGAUGCGAUUGUGGUCGGAACAUUGGAGGUAAUAAGUGUACAGAGUGGUCUGUCUUGGCCUUGGUCUCUCUGGGUGGGUGUGGGAUCGUGCAUUGAAAAGUACUACUUCGGGGGCGGCAUUUGUGAGCGAUUUAUUGUUUUGACCAUGAAACCGGUCGGUGGGUUGGCUAUCUGCGCCGUUCUUGUAUAUAGUCAGGAAAAAAUAUGGAUAUGAACAUGAAUAUGAUAAGGAACGUCGAUGUCGAAUGUGGAGGUAAAGGAAGUGGAACUGUUGGGCAGACCACGGGAACAAGGAUAGGAUGAUAAAAUGAAAUGGAAUUGAUAUACCGUA